CUCCUCUCCUGAGCUUCAUCUUCUACUCACUGAAGUCACUCUCCCGGCCGAAAACACCAAAAUUAAAAAUAAUUUUAAAUAAAAAUAAAAUCCGGCGCCGGAAAUCAUCUCCGGUGAUUAAUCUAGAUAGUGUCAGUGAAGAUUUUGUUUGAAGCUGACGAUUAGACAAAACGGUAUAGUAUAAAGAUUAAGGUGGUAAAGGUUUUACAGCAGUUGAGUGGUUGAGUUGAAGGAGCGAAAAUGCACAAAGGCUUUUGGAUGCCAAGGGAUGCUGGGUGUCUAACUGAUGCAGAGACGGGUUAUGAUAGUUCCUCAAGAAUUGAACCCAAGCGUGGUCAUCAAUGGUUCAUGGAUGCCACCACACCAGAACUAUUCAGUAACAAGAAGCAAGCAGUAGAUGCUGUUAAGGGCAGAACAGUUUCUGGAACAAUUUCUAGUUUUCAGUCAGUCUCAGGGCAAUUCCCUGAACAUCUAUAUGGAUCUGAGCCUGUACAGUCUGUCAAUCUGUUUGACAGGAACAUUCCUUCUGUUGAUGGUAGAAGUUUGAAUUUUGGAAGAAAGGAUUUUCAGGGUCACUAUAAUAAUUCAUCAACGGGUUUGUCUAUGUUUCCUUUCGUUGAAGAUCCUUCAGGUUUCAGUGUUGGUGGAAUCAGAAAGGUUGGGGUCAAUCAAGUUAGAGACUCUGUCAAUGACACAUUAGCACCCAUUGCGUACUCCUAUAGUAGGGGAGAUGGUAACCAAAUUUCAGUGGGUACUAUGUAUCAUAAGAGUAAUAAUGGCACUAUAUCACUGGGUCCAAAUAACAAUAAUGCAGACGAGAAUACCAUAUCAAUGGACCACAGCUUAAAUGAGGGAGGUGAGAAUUUUAUAUCGAUGGGUUCCAAUUAUAGCAAGAGAAAAGACAAUGUAGCGAUUGGUCAAUCUUCUGAAAAGGGAGUUAGCCAUGUCAUAUCGAUGAGUUACUCCUAUAACAAAGAUCAUGAGAAAUUUUUUUCAAUGGGACACAGUUAUGAUAAGGCAAAUGAGAAUUUCAUUUCAAUGAAUUCUUCCCACAGUAAGGUAACUGAUAAUAUCAUGGCAAUGGCUACAGCAUAUGACAAGCCAGGUUCCAACAUCACAUCAGUGGAUUUUACUCAAAACAAAGGGGAUUCUGGAGCGCUCUCUAUGGGUCACAACUACAAUAAGGGUGAGAUGAGUGCAUUAUGUUUUGAAGUUUUUCAAAAUGAGACCGAGACAAAUCCCUCUGGGAAUAUCGUUAGCAGCUAUGAUUUCUUAAUGGGUACUCAGAGCUCAGUUCAAGCUUCAGGCAAACCAGGCCAGAAGAAUUUGGUUGAGCCAAACGUGGAUUCAGUUGGCAAUAGCCCUUCCAGUUCAAAUACUAUAACUGUGAAGAAAACCAAAACUAAAGAGCCAAAGGAGGCUAAGAAGGUUCCUGCAAACAGCUUCCCCUCACAUGUCAAAAGUUUGCUGAAAACUGGUCUGCUGGAUGGUGCUUCUGUCAAGUACGUUUCCUGGUCAAGAGAGAAACAUCUUAAAGGAACCAUUAAAGGAGCUGGCUAUCUAUGCGGCUGCAAAGAAUGCAACUUCACCAAGGUUUUGAAUGCCCAUCAGUUUGAGCGUCACGCUAAUUGCAGGACCAAACACCCCAACAAUCACAUAUUCUUGGAGAGUGGAAAGACCAUAUAUUCAGCUGUGCAAGAGCUCAGGUAUACUCCUCAGAAGAACCUAUUUGAGGAGAUUCAAAAUGUGACUGGAGCAAAAAUUAAUCUUGAAAAAUUCCUCACCUGGAAAGGUUCCUUUGAAGCUGCCAAUCGUGAACUUGAGCGUAUUUAUGGGAAGGAUGAUAUCACCACCGUCUGUUGAGGUGAAGAGUGUGGUAUUAGAGGGCUGGUGAGUUGGGAUAAGCUGUGUAAUUUGACCAUAUUAGCAGCUGUGUAAUUUGUUGAUAUUAGCAGCCAUAUCCGUGAACUUGAGCUAAGUAGUUACCAACUGGGUUUUUAGUAUAUAAUAAUUCAACAAACCUAUGUGUAUAAACUUUUGAAUAUACAGUUGAUAUGUCAUCAUUAUGAUUGAGUGAUUUUAAAUUAAAGAUAAAAUAACACCUAAUUAAAUGAUGUCAUAUCAACUGUAUAUUCGAUUAUAUACUUAAAAGUGUGUAUACAUAAUAUUGCUCAUAAUAAUUUGCGUAGAUGGACAACAACAGGGUUAUAUUUGUAAUGAAUUAAGACUCUUUUAAGUAUGCUGUUGGUGUUGAAUAAUCUGUUAAAGGGAA